ACAUGGAGUCAUGAAUACAACUUUCAAGAUUGUUUUUAAAAAAUACCGUAGAAAAUGAGUGUUGACAACGCGGAAGAUGAUAUCUGGAAUAUAUCAUCUUGGAAGAGCGACAUUUCCAACAAAAUCCAGUACGUUAAGCAAUUCAUGAGUUGUGCUUCGUUUCCAAACUGCUGUCGACAAGUUCUUCAUAUAAUCGGUAAAUUAUACGAAUCAAGCAGCCCUGAAAGUCUCCAAAGCCCUGCGUUAUUCGUGUCUGCGUUUAUUAGCGAGUUGAUAGACAACUACUUGUUGCACAACACAGCAAUGCGCGUGAGUUCCUUGGAAGAACUUCGGCUUUURGAAGUGAUGUGUCGGUAUUUUCAAGGCCAGAAGAGCGAUUUUGUGAGAUGGUGUGUUUUUGACAUGCUUUAUAGUUUUUCUAAUCAAGAGCAGAAAGAAAGCAAGUUCAACAGUCGAAUAGAUCUGCUCACCAAGUUGGUAUCCAUGGCAAUUGCUCUUAAAAAUGGACAUGUAUUAGACUGCAUGGCUCUAUGGAUCCAGAAACAUCGUCAAGCAUCAGAAGUUGUUGUCCGUGUAACCAUGGCAAUCAUUAAUGAGUAUACAAACAUAGUUCCGCUGUCGUUAYCAUUUUUAGAAGCAGUGUCAUCCAUAUCACCUCAGUUUGCCUGUCAAAUGCUGGUUAUAUUGACCAGUAAAUUUACAAUGAUUCCUGGUAAUACAGAACAAGAUCAUUCUUCAACCUCUUGUUGUCCAUCUUUAUCAGCUUUGAAAGUAGCUGURAAAUGGAUCAGUCAAGACCCAUCAGUCUGUCUAAUAAAACCCAACAGAACUCUUAUAACACUCCCAUCUCUACACAAUUCUCCGUCUUCAACUGAAGGUGUAGUGCCAUUACCACUCUGCCCUGUACAUGGCCUGGUGCAGUGGACAGUGUUACAACCAUUGAUAAGAUGCUCAUCAACAGAGUCUAAACAUGCUUAUUCAGAGCUUCACCUUGGUGUACUUCAGGCAUUGGUCAUGUCAGGUCAGAGUAAGCGUAAUCCUAAAGAUGAAAUGGAGCUUGAGCCAGGAGAAGUGAUGGAUGAAUCAGACAUGCUCAGACAUCUGCUAAACAGUGAUGAUCUAAAACGCCUGUCUGCCACUUUGAUGAACAUGGUUGAUACAUUGAACAAAGAGGAACAACACUGCGAUGGCAUSCAGAAAUCAUGGGAUAUUAACUUAGCAAUUGAUAGACUUGCACAGGUUAUACAGGUUGCUAUUGCAACAGGGUGCUUAUCGAGCAGCAAGGGCGAACUUCUCUCAAUAUGCAAGUCUGUCUCUUAUAACAAGCUUCUUGACACUGUAAUCUGCAAUUUAGACUCGAUCUAACAUCCAACUAACUGUGAGUAUUACCUCGCUGUCUACUGGAAUAUUGUCGGGCUGUCGUCGGCAUUGCGUCGGGAUUCAGAAGAAAACAUUUGGAACAUCAUCAAAGACGUUAUUAUAACUAGGGAUCUCGGCUGUCAUCGGCAUUGCGUCGGAAAUCUUGCGACUGCUCUCCGAAAGGUCGGUCGGUAUUGUGGUUUAAUUAAUUACUGAUCUUCGGAAUUCCGUCGGAAAUCUUCCACAAUAUCCGCAUAAAGUCGAGAGACGUAUUCGUUCGUCGAGAAAUGUAAUUGGUGUGCUUUAUAUAUAGAGAAAUGUAUAAAAGACAGUUAUCAAUCCAUUUUUUCAKGCCAAAGUGAAAGGUUUUGAGUUUUUGUCGUUUUGAUUCAAAAAAAUAAACCAUGAGAACGCAAAUGUUGUUGGCGGUCAUAUGAAAUUCCAAGUGAGUAGUUAGAGUAGGCAGGAAAUAUCUUUAGUCAUUCAGUGGCGGAUCCAGGGGGGGUUCCAUGAUAAAUGAAAUAAAAUU